GAGCGCAUACUCGGGUGGGCGGAUCGUAGCGGUGACAGCGACGCUCGCACACUCCCGACAAACUGUCAAAAAGCAGACAACUAACGCCAUGGCGGAGUUAGACCUGAGUCUGAGCGACGCACUGACGGACAGCGUUGAACAGCCGGGCCCGGAGAGCCUGGUGGAAAGGGACUUUGUGGCUCAGCUGGAAGCGGAGACCUUCGUUGAUCAUGUCGGGGAGACGGUGGGAAAGACAGACUACAUCCCCCUGCUGGACAAUGACAACACCAGAGCAGACACGGGUGCUACGUUGGAGAAUGGAGAGCAGGAAGCUCAUGGGGUGCAAAAGCCUGGUUGUAAGCUGACGGCGGGGGGACAGACAUCACUGUUGCGCCCAGAGCCACAGGGAGAGGUGCGGACACGCUCACUUGACCAGCAGCAGGCCUUGGCUACAGACUUCAUAUCAGCUUCCAUGGCAGGUUAUUCAGAUCCUCUGGGCUCUCAGACCAGCCCUGCCCCAAUGAUGGAUACUGGCCGGAUGGAAGCUUUUUCAGGUUUCUCCCAGCCUGGUGGAAGGGGGGUCAAUGUGGAGUGUGGGUCUGCACCCCACUCAGCAGAGAAGAUUCAAAGUAUAGCAGAACCCCACCAUCCCACACCCCCAGUGGGUUCAGAAGCCCCUAAAGAGCAUAGCCCCAUGCUGCCUGAACCCCAGACUCCUCGCAGCCCUCUGGAUCUGUCAUCAGGUGCCUUAGGCGACUGUUGGCCAGACGAAGCUGGCUGCCUACCGACAGACCUCCCUUUCAGCCCCAGUGUCUCCACCGUGAUCAGUCGCCACGCAGGCCAUCUCCCAGUCAACCCUGACAACCCACCUGACAGUUGGCCUAGCCGCGAGAGCCCUGCCUAUGCUGGGGGCGAUGAAAGGGAGGGAGAAGGUUCAGACCGAAAACAGAAGAAGAAGAAGAAAAGGCGACAGAAAGACGAGGGAUCUUACGAACACCUGGAGAGCAGGGGUCACCCUGAGGUACAAACACGGGGAGAAAACACUCCCUUAACAGAGGAGUUCUACAACAGGAUUGGCCCAAGGCGGGAUAGGGGAGAUGGUGGCUGGGAAGACAAUCUUGGGAAGAGCGGAGGCCGGGGGAAGAAGGGUAAGAGCAGGAAGAAGCUUCCAGAGGAGUGGGGAGUCACGGCAGAAUCAUUUGUCCCUUCGGCCGCAGUGACCUCUCAAAUCACAGAGGAGAUGAUGAUGGAUCUAGGGAGUUCUGGUCAGACAAACCUGGAAGCCUCGUUCAGAGACAUGGACACCAGCCAGAGCCACUGGAAAAAGGAGGUCUACCCAGAAGAAGGCCUGGUCCCUUCCCCCCUGUCUCAGGACCUAUUCUCCCCAACAGAUGCUUCCAUCAACCCACUGGUCCUGAACAGCGAUCUGAAAGCCACAGCAGCUCCGUUCACUAUGCCCUCCAGCACCAACAGUGCAACACUUCCUAUGGCUCCUGGCCCUGUUGAUCUAUUUGACCUCCUGAUGGAUACUGAAAAUGCAAGCUUAGGCGACAGCAGCCAGGCCUUAUCACCUGGUGGUGACAUGGUUGACAGCGGGAUGGUUGAUAACACCAGUUCCCUUCAAGAGUCUUGUGUGCAAGGCUUGUCUGAGGGAGACACCUCUGCUUUCAGCCCUGCCCAGCCAAGCCCAGGCCUCUCCCCAAAAGGCGAGGUGAUAGCCUCGGCCCCACCUCUCUCACCUUCAGAUGCUUCAUGGAUUCUGAACGAGUCCAACAUGAGCAGCAACAGCGAGCUAUUUCAGUUCAGUGACAUGAGCACUUCAGGUCAUCCUUUAACCUUAGGGCUGUCCUUUGACACACCGAGCCCAGCCCCUCUCCGCUCCCCUAAAACCACAGCGCAGGAAUUCCAACCCAAAGAGCACAAAAAUGCCAAAUUGGGCCAGAAGACACCCAAGAAGUCUCGUUCUUCAUCUUCCUCCUCCUCUGUAAAGAGUCCCACCUCCCCAGGAUCUGGUCUUAACCCUACAGCUAAGCCCUUCUUUCCUAGCUUUGCUGAUCCCAUUGAAGAACCAGCCGUGGUCCCUCCAGUUACCCCCAUCAUCGAAGUAAAAUCCGACAAGAUGGAGAAGGCAGAGAAGGAGGAGGAGAAACUGGAGGACAGUGUAAAGAAGGUGGACCUGUUUGACCCUCUGGAUAAAGCUGAGCAGAAGAGUGUGAAGGUGGAAUUUGCAAUCAGUGAGACUCCAGCCAAGGUAGAGAAAGAGAUGGAGAAGGAAAAGCAGACAGAGACACAAAAAGAGAAGGAGAAAGAGGCAGAAAAGGUGAAAGAGAAGGAGAACGAGAAAGAGGUGAAAGAUGCAGAAAAAGUUAAAGAGGAGAAAGAGGCAGCCAAAGUGAAGGUGACAGAGGAACAGACAGAAAAGGAGAAAGAGACAGAGAAAGUGGAGUCAAUGCAGCAGAAGACAGAAAAAGAGGAUAGCAUGAAAAAGGCAGAAGAAUCACCUGAUAAAUUGCUGAAGACAGAUACAGCAGGCAAGACCGGGAAAGUAGAAAAAGUGGAGAUAACAGAAGAAGAAGGGAGCAAAGUGGAGAAAACAGAGAAUGUGGAAAAAGUGGAGAAAAAUGAAAAGUCCAAAAUUGAAGAAAAAACAGAGAAGCUUGAGAAAACUGAGAAGAAGGAUGGCGAAGAGCAGCGCAUGGACAAAGAAGAAAAGACCCCAGAGCAACAGCCGACACCCGUCAAGCCGGACACCAGUUAUGACAAGCUGGAAAAGAAGGCUGACACGGAGACAAAGAUGACACCAGAGGUGGAAGACGCCAAGAAAGAAAAGGCUGACACAGACGAAGCCAAGAAGACGGAGAAAGAGGACGAGGCGGAGAAACCCCCUGAGGAGCCGGCGGACAAACCAACGCAGAAGAGCGAUAAGGACGAGAAGCAGGACAAAAUGCGGGUCGACAAAAAAGUUGUGGAGAAAAAGGAUGACAAGAAGGACAAGGCUGCAAAAGCAGAUGGAGGAGAGAAGGCCAAAAAAUCAAAACCUGCAACCAAUGGAAGCAGUGCCCCACUGAGCAGAGACCCGGCAGGUGCAGACAAGAAGACCAAGCCGGCUGCCGUGGCGACCAAACCGAGUGCUGCUGCUAAAACACGUCCGAGUACCGCAGCUGCCGGUGGUUCAGUCACAGCCCCUACUAAGCGCCCCACAUCCUCCACCACCACCACCUCCAUCUUAGACAAAAAAACUACCACAGCAAAGGCACCAUCCACAGCCGCUGCUGGUCCAAAGCGUCCCUCCACCACUUCUACCAGCCACCCUGCAUCCUCCACCACCUAUACCAGCCGCCCUGCAUCCUCCACCCCUUCUACCAGCCGCCCUGCAUCCUCCUCCACCACCACCAAUGCACGUGAUGUCAGAGCCAAGACAACCACAGAGAAGCGCCCCCUCGUUCCAAAGGCCAGCACUGCCACCUCAACAGGCUCCACUGCUGCCACCAAAAAUGGAACUGCUACCACAGCAGCCAGUAAAACUGCUACAUCAGCGCGCACAACGGCAUCUACUCGCACCAUUACUACCACUGCAGCCAAAAAGCCUUUGGCCUCCAAGACAGACAGCAAGUCAGGAGAGGAGAAAAAGCCCAGCACUCUGAAGACUUCGACAGUUGACUCUACAAAGCCCAAGACCACCACCAGCACCACCCGCAGCACUGCUUCCUCCACCACUGCCUCUCGCACUCGAACCACAGCAGCCAAACCGGCCACAACCUCCUCCACCACUGGUACAGUACCAGAGAAGAAACCAAUGGUGCCCCGAGCCCCCCGGGCCACUUCCUCAACCAUAACCGCCGCCACCACCUCUAGGGUCACAGCUCGCCCCAGCACAGCACCGGCCUCUGACAUCCGUAACGUCCGCUCUAAGAUUGGCUCUACCGACAACAUGAAGUACCAGCCUGGAGGAGGGAAGGUGUCAUCUGCCUCUCAGAGCAGGAGCGCCGUCUCCAAAGAAACGAGCCAGGGCAAAGUUCAGAUAGUCUCCAAAAAGCUGGACUUCAGCCACGUCGGCUCACGCUUGGGCUCCAAGGACAAUAUGAAGCAUGUUCCUGGUGGAGGGAAUGUGCAGAUACUCAACAAGAAGGUGGAUGUGAGUAAGGUGACAUCAAAGUGCGGCUCCAAGGACAACAUCAAGCACAAGCCUGGCGGUGGCGUCGUGAAGAUCGAGUCCCACAAAGUGAGCUUUAGGGAAAAGGCUCAGUCUAAAGUGGGUUCCAUGGACAACCUGAGCCAUUCACCUGGUGGAGGAGGCAUCAAGGCUGAGGGGGCCCAGGAGACAACAGAGGGGAAUGGGACUCCCCUGAGUGGCACCACGGCCCCAGCCCCAGGCUUUGAGCCGGGGCAGGCAGGGGGCCCUGCUGCCCAGGAGAAUGGGAUGAAGGAGGGGGUUCCAUGUGAUAGUGAGGGCCUCCGGGAGCCCCAGGCUCUGGACGCACGCAUCCCAGAGACAAAUUGAGUGUUUCAAGCUCAACUUCCGCGAGAAUGCUCGCUCUCGCACGGACCACGGCGCCGACAUCAUCACCUGGCCAGCCCCCCAGGACGACAACAGACCCCACCCACACGGUUCCUCCCAUUCUCUACAUCAAAACCACCACCAACACCACCCGGCUCCUCGCAGUGUCUCCCUCAUUGAAUCGUUGGCUUCUGCAGGCUGUGUCAGCUCCCCCUCUGCCCCUUCCUUGCUGCAUCUUUAGUGGGUGGGGGGGGACAACAGCAGCUCCCUAAAGGGAUCUUUACCUUUCUUGCCCCCAUUAAGCCCUGAAAACCCCUUUUAAUUUAAAUCUGUCAUUGCAAAUUUUUUGAAUCAUCCAAUAGUUCUGCCACUCUAGUAUUAUGCCUCCUCUCUCACAUCUGAGCUCAUCAUCAUGCGCCAUAGCUUACCCCCCCUCCCCUCAAUAUUUGGCUGAAGGGACUGUAUGGACUAAGAUUGGUGGGAAUCAAUGUGAAGGGAAAUAACGGGGAGGGUUUUCUCACAUUAAACAUAAGAUUGUGUCUUCCCAAGCUGGCUGACCUGGAAUCAGUGGGUUUCACUUGGAUCCUCUUUACCCUCAGCCUGGCGGUGUACUCUGACCCUGCAUCAUCUCACCUCCACACACCAAAUAAGCAGCAAUCACUUCAUUUGUCAACUGAGCAGCUUAGAAACCAUCUUGGACUUAUGUAUGACUUCUGUCGCACACACACAUAGCUUCUAUUUUCCAUGUGGUCCGUUUUUUCCCAAUAACCACUUACUCUCUGCUUCAAUAACAUCAUAGUAAUACAUUGUCCAUAUUAUCUGCUUCAUCACUUCCUCUCUCUCCACUAUCAUCACUUACCAUGAACACGCUGACAAACAAAAAAGCUAGACAACAAGUAGGCUGUUUGAACCAUUUUAGGCUGUUUACCUCUUUAUUCUCUGUGUUUGUGAUGAUGUGUUUGAGUGACAAAACUGUGUAAAAAUGAGCUUUGGUGUUCUGUUCGGAUCUUAUUUCUGUCUUUCUUGAGUUUUUCUUUUCCUCCUAGUUUCUCGAUUUUACAACAAGAUUUUAUUUAUUUAUUGUUUCUCUCAUGUUUCUUCCUGUGUAAGCAAUACAGUGAACAGUCUUUUUUCCGAGCACUCAGAAAAUCUUGAAAACGCGCACAGGUUUUUGUAAACCAAGACACACAGAAAAUAUUCAGACGGAGGAAGUAAGUGAGAAAGGAAGUGUUGCUAGAAAGGUGAAAAAAAAUAAAUGUUAGGUGUGCUUGUCAUUUAAGGUAAAAAAAAACACAAGAGGUUGAAACCUGAAAGUUUUUGAAAUGCAAUUGGGGAAGUUUGCUUAAGUAGAAAAGCUUUAACUGAGCAUGCAGUCCAGAUGGAGAUGAGGAAGAUCUCUGAAGUCAAAGAAGCUGUGUGUGUCGUACGUGGCUCCUGUCCUUCUUACCUGAAAACUACAGUGGAGGAUGGCGCAGGCUAAUGCCUAAAACUGCUCAGACAAAGAAUAGCAUAGUUGACAAAAGUGACAUAAAACGUUAGGGGCAACCUGGUAUUGUUGUUUUAAGUAAAUUCUGUAAAUCAAGCUGUCCUGGUAGUUGUGUUGUCAUGGUUGUUGUUGCAUUUCAGGUGUUUCUAUAAGGGGUUAUGGUAGCAUGUUGGUCGGCAGUAGCUGAAUACAAAAACAUCUCUAAAAUAUUUUCGGCACUUUUCUUGUUGACUUAUUGGCAGUGGAACAUGAUGUGGCUUUAUACUCUUCUCUGUAGCAACAGUUGCCUCUAAUUGCCUUUAUAAUGCAUGGCCAGAUUAUAUAGUAUCAUGCCAAGAGCUGAUACUAGCUAUUAUGACUCAAAGUGUUGUGGUUUGGUACCAUAUGAAUAUCUCUGGGGCAAUCCUAGACAGUUGAUGAUGUGUGGUUACUCAAAUUAUGACUUUUAUCACCAAUGGACAGAUAGAGCUGGUUUCUGAUGGUUGUUGUUUCGCCUCUUAGUUUCAUCAUUAAUUCUUCCGCUUCAAACUAGUUGCACAUUUGUACACUAAUGAUUCCAUCGCUCAAAUAUACAAAGAUGGAUGACAGAAGUUUAUUUUAGGAAAACAUACUUUUGUGGACAUCUUAAACCUGCAUCAUUUUUUUGGCCCUUUGGAGCCAGCCAAAAAAAGCUGUAAACACAAAAUAGACAUAUUAUAACUUUAUGAAGUUGUUAUGGCAAACGUGUUAGCAAACAGCUUAUUGCCUCUUUAUUUGUCCAGCAGAGACAGAGCAACAUUAUCAUUUAUUUGGAGUCGUGUCUCUGCCCACCUUCUGAAUGUAAGUCUAAUAUUCCAUCUCCUUUGGUUUGGUCUCUAACAACUCCUGAGGGAAAUAUCUGUCUUGCGCUGCAAAAAGCUAUGUUCACCAUCUCGCUGCUAACUUUGUCUGUCUGCUUUUAAGGCGUUUGGUGCUAGGCAGGUAGCCUACUUUGGGUUUUGUCAGAACCUUUUCGCUGCCUGAUGUGGUUAGAACAUUGGUUAAUGAGAGAGGUAAGACUGAAUCAAAUGGUAAAAUUGUGGCACGUAAAACCAAAACAGUGAGCUGGAAGAUGCUAAAGUCGUUUGGCCCAUUGUUCAUACAAAAAUAUUGAUUCUUGCAGCUUUUAGGAAUAUAAACUUUUAAAAAACAAUUUAUUUUAACAAAAAACGUUCUUUCCUUUAACAGAAGAAGCCAAACUUCUCAAAUGUUGAAUAUUUUCUAAACACAAGCAGCCACAUAAGACUAAGUAAAACAGUUCUAAAUUUUUAAUUUUGAUUUAAAUAUGAAAACAUUGAAUCAAAUAAUACGUAAAGAAGAUUAAUUAUCUAAACAACAUUUGAUGCCAACAUUUGGUUUAACUUUUACAUACUUGGUGCUGUUGACACGUUUCUGUUGAUACCAAUAAAUGAUCAAACUUCAAUAACGAGCGCUAGAUAUAGAUAUCGAGUAAAAUAGCAUAAAAUGACUUCCAGUUUUGGUUGGGUUUGCAAACUUUAUUUUCUUUACAAUUCUUUCAAAUAAUGAAAAGAGAGUGAGACAAAUGACUUUGCAGAUAUUUGUUAUUUUUUUAAAUUCAGUUUUAAGACCAAAGCUCCAUUGACUGCCCCCUAGAGACAAGAUGAAACACUCCGAUUCUUUCUUAUUCAAAUAUUUGUUAAGACAUUACAAAAUUGCACCUUAAUGCUUUAAUAUAUCAAAGAGUGUUGGUAUUUGAGUAACAGGCAACAUUAAUAAACACCCCUCUAUGAACAAGUGAUCCCAAAUACCUUAAUUAUGAAUGAGAUUUUACGUGAUGACAUGAAUAGAGCAAUAAACUGAAUUGCAGUGCCCUUAUUUCCCCGCAUUAAACAGUUCAAUUUAGAUUCAGUCAUUAUUUUGUUUUGUAUUGGAAUCCCUUUAAAUUUUAUAUAAGAAAACAAAGCUUUUUACGAAAGAUCCAGUUUUAUAAAAAGCACAAUAACUUCUCAUUAAUGUCUUCUGAAAGUGAGAAUGUUUCACAUGCAGAUGUUGGAGUUCUUUUCUGCCGGUUGAGGAUUGAGUGUUGCUAAAAGAGCAGAUGUCAUCAAAUAGUUAGAUUGCUUUGUUUGUGCCACGGCUGUCACAUAGCAGAAUAUUUUCUUGUGCCUGUCCACAACCACGUUUGAGCUUUGCCCCAUAGUUUUUCCUUACCACUAGAAAAUUGAGAUUGCACACGGAUGUAUAUAAAUAUUUUACAGUUGAUGCACUCUUUAUGACCCUAAAAAAGAACAAAACACAGUAUGACAACAGCAUCAGGGAGGUUUGGUGGGUGGGGGUUUCAAAGUUUGUUCAGAACAGCUUUUAUGUCCAUUGUCCUUUUUUUCUCCUUUUAUUGGUUAUGAGGGAAGGGAGCGUUUUAUCAUGACUAUUAUUCUGAUUAUUAGUAUGAUGAAUUGAAAAAGUCUGCCUUUUUUGUUAGAAAGGGUCCACUGAAGUGAAAGAAUGUCUUUUGAGAUAUACUGUACUAAAGACGCAACACUUUUGUAUAUGUAUUUAUCGUUGUGUUCCUGUAGCCUUGUGGUGGUUGUGCUCUCAUAGUUGAAGGGAUUACACCUUUGAUUUGUGACAGCCAGUUUCACAAACUGUGUCCUGGAGUUUUUUUCAAGGUGGUGCAAGACAAGAUUUGAACCCCAAAACAACACUUCGAAAGUCUUUAUUAUCUUGUUAAAUAUUAUUUUAUUUAAAGCGCUGUAAUGGCAGCCUGAUACAGUAAUAUUGAACUCGCAACAUAGACCUUAGUUAAUACAUUUUUAAUUUAAAUUUGUAGUGCACAAUUAUCCCGAUACACUAUUGAAUCAUGCCUGCAAGCCCAGUCUUAAGCGAUAAGAAUAAUGUUCAGACUAUCCGGUAAACUUCUCAUUCAGGACACAGAUUCAUAUGAUAAAAGAACCAAGCGGACUAAAGUUAAAACCUGAAACACACUGUAUGUAUAUCACAGUGGGAAAAAGAGAAUUUGUUGUUCAAGCGGCAUUAAGUGUAAAGGUCAAUGUGUAGGCCUAUAAUUUGGGAGCACUGUAUAUCAAACAUAUUGGCUGCUACAUAUAGCACUGAAAUAACAGCAACAUGCCCUGGAGAGUCACACACACCGAGACCCUAACACAUCCUUGUCUAAGGUUAACUAACUGUAGUUGUCUAGUUUGGCUUGUGUCCAAAUUGCUCCUCAGUAAUCUAUCCAAGGAGUGUUGUAACUAGAGCUUCAUCUACCGCCACUGCACUCACGCAAGAGUAACACUAUCUAAUAAACACCUACUGUACCUGCAGAGCAUGCUGAAAAACAACAAUGGGAUGUGUUAGGUAGACUUACUAUGUCAUUCGCAGAACCUCCUCAUUGUUUUUUGUGUUGUUGUUUUUUUCAUUAAUUUGAAUUUUAUUUUUUGGUUUGGAAAAAAGUGUUUAUUGUGAUUACUUGUUAAUUAGUGAUGUGAUUAUUGAACAUGAAAUAAAACGGACUAAAAUUCUCA